CCCCGAGGGAAGUGGGGGUUUUAAAACAUCUGCCACGUUUGCGUGAACCGCCUUUGUGGACUCGCGGCGCCGAUCUGGAGAGGUUUGCGCGCCGAUAGUUGCGCUAGGAGGAGGUGGGUCUAGUUUUUGAGGAGCCUGGAGGGGGCUGCGCUGCGGUGCCACUUAUCAUUAGAUAUGGCCACCGUUACGGAGUACACAGAAGCGUCAUCUUCAACUUAAUUUUUUUGUGUGUCAUAUUCCGCCGCCGUUUGUCGCGGCCGCGGGGGUCGGCGUGGCCUGGCGUGGAUGCCGUUCUUCGGAGGGCUGCGGGUGGGUUCGUCUCCGUGCGCUCUGGAGGCGGUCGUUGCUGCGUGGCAGGCCGGCUCGGAGUCUCCUCACUGGCCGCUCGGUCCCGCAGCUUGUCGCAGCUGAAGAAAGCCCAAGCAGCCCCUCCGCGGGUCGGCUCCCGGCUCCCCUGCGCUCCCUCCUCCUCUUCCCGGAGGAGCCUCCUUUUGGAGACCGCUUCCUCCGCUUGCUUGGACCCCUUUCUGCUGCUCGGUUUGUUUAAUGAUAGAAUUGUUGGGUGGCUAACACCAACUAGCCGUGUUAACCCGAACUCGUGCGACGACAGCUGUCAUCGGAGAAAGGAAAGUGAUCCCCUCCUCUCCGCUAACGCGAGAGCCAGAGCAGCGGUUCCCGGCUGGAUUUACAUCGUCUGCGCCUCCGUCAAAUGGGCAAAGUUGGGAAUAAGAAAGCGACGCCGGAUUAUCGUGAUGUGCGCGGUGCGUUUCUGAGGACUGCUGCGGUGCUGCUUCACCGGAGAGAGGCUAGCUAGCUCCGCUAGCUGCGCUAGCUUAGCUGGGUGAUAAAAGUGCGACGUUUCAUCCCCCAGUCAUUUGGACAUGAAGAGGAUAAUACGCUACUCAUAGGGCUGGAAGAAUGUCAUCAGAGGAUAAUACUGUGGAACCCUCUGACCAGGGACCCUCGCCGCCCUCCAGCAGUGCAGGGGCCACAUCCACAGGAAGUCCUGCCCACGCUGACAAGCGACCACGUGGCAGGCCGCGUAAAGAUGCCGCCGCCGCUGCUUCCAUCUCGCCCCAGGCACCGCCCUUUUCCACGGCGAAGAACAGAAAGAAGGGGCGCACUAGAGGGAGGGUUGUCGUGGACGAGGAGGACAGCAUGGACGGGACGGAGAUGCCGGAGUCCGUAGACCCUCAGGAUGCAGAAACACAAAUGCAGCCGGUGGAGACGGUGGAAGUGGUGACCACUGAUGUGCCGGAGGAGGACCAGCCCUCUUCCCCUCUGGCCCAGAGUCCAGCAGGACCGUCUGUCCCAGCAAGUCGAGAAGUCAAAAGCAGCGAGCGUCUCUGUGCCUUCUGUUACUGCGGCGGCCGUAGCCUUCUGGGUCAGGGGGAACUGCACGCGUUCAGCGCCUCGCCCGAGCUCCUCGGACACCAGGGCGACGGCGAUCAAACCACUCAGCCAAAAACCACCGGAGAGACCAGCUCAGGACCGAAGGACAAGAGCAAGAAUGGGUCUGAGGGCUGCGAGGAGGAACCGGAUCCGGCCACUCGGUUCUGGGACGAACUUUCUCAUGUCGGACUUCCACAAGAUCUCAACGUCCAGUCUCUCUUCGAGUCAGGGCAAUGCUGGGCACAUCAGAGUUGUGCCUUGUGGUCCGACGGCGUUUGUGAGGGCGAGGGACAAUCUCUGCUUAAUGUGGACAGAGCCAUUGACUCAGGGAGCACAAAGCACUGUGCAUACUGUAAGCGCCUUGGAGCAUCCAUAAAGUGCUGUGCUGAAGGAUGUGCUCAACUCUACCAUUACCCCUGUGCGGGGGCAGCUGGGACCUUUCAGGAUAUCAGGAGUCUCUCGCUCCUCUGCCCAGAACACAUCGAAUUGGCCAUUCUCAAAUUCGUGGACGAUGUGAACUGCGCGCUGUGCGACAGCCCCGGGGACCUCCUGGACCAGCUCUUCUGCACCAGUUGUGGUCUGCAUUACCACGGGAUGUGCCUGGACAUGGCUGUGACCCCUCUGAGGAGAGCGGGCUGGCAGUGCCCCGAGUGCAAAAUCUGCCAGACGUGCAAGAACCCGGGAGAGGACACCAAGAUGCUGGUGUGUGACAUGUGUGACAAAGGCUACCACACCUUCUGUCUGCAGCCCGCCAUGGAUGCUCUGCCCACCAACGGAUGGAGAUGUAAGAACUGCAGAGUGUGUGUCCAGUGUGGGACUCGAACCAGCGGCCAGUGGCACCACACCAGCCUGCUGUGUGAGAACUGCGUCCAGAACCAGGAUCCGGCUCUGAGCUGUCCUAUGUGUACCUGCAUCCUGGACCCGGAGCACCACAAAGACCUGCUGUUCUGUCAGACUUGUAAGAGAUGGCUACACCUGGAGUGCGAGCGUCAGAACUCAGGCCAAGCAGAAAUCCACCCCAGAGAGGACUAUGUUUGUUCCAACUGCAGGUCUCCUGCUGCAGAGCAGGCGCUGCAGGCAGAGGAUAUGGACACCGGCCCAGAGCUCAGCCCUCAGCCAGCCUCCAUGCACACAAACUCUGAGGCUGGCCUACAGCUGGCUCUAAAGCACACAGAUCUAGAACCUGGCACUCUGCUGCCUCCCGAAAUGCACAAUGACCCCGAACCGGAGUUACUCGCCGUUCCAUUGCACUCGGAUCCAGAGCCCGCUCAGGCCGCCGUCCAGGAGGAGAAGCUGGCCACGUCGGACCAGAAACCCGACGGGUCUCCGUUCCAGAAAGAAGCCUCGGCGGGUUCAGACGCGGUGGAGAUGCAGGUUACUGAAACAUGUGACAGCAGAAACGCAGCUGAAUUUGAACCAGAAACGCAGCCAGCAGUCCGAGCCGCACCCGGCUCUCCGGAGAGCCCCGCGUCCUCAGCGGCUCCUUUCCCGGAGCCGUUCCCAGCCCAGCCCCCGACGGAAGCACUACAGACGCAGGACGCCACAUCUCAAAUCAAACCAGCAGACAGCGAGGCCGGCCCCCAGCAGGGCACGGCCGCCCCUAGCACAAAGGAUCUUAUGGCCAUCAUCUCAACCACCAAAGAACCAAGUACUGCUUCAGUACCCUUCACGGACCAACCGACGGAAAGCCCGCUACCCCAGCCUUCCAGCGCGGACGUAGUCAGGGUCUCCUUCCUGGAAACGGCUCCGGCAGAACUUAACCAGGAGAGGACGGAGGGCAUUUUCCACAGGAACCUGGCGGAGACUGUUAAACCCUCGGCUGCUGGCACAUCGGAGGACAUGGACACGACACCGGAGACACAGCCAAACCUGUCGUUUUCCAGCUCGUCUUCAGAGGAGAAACCCCUCAAAACAUCUGUGGAGCGACUGGCCGAAAUGGUCUCCUCGUCUUCUUCUUCUUCGACUUCUUCUUCUUCUUCUUCUUCUUCCUACCCCUCCCCUCUGGCCCGGGCCCUACCGCCCAGAGAUCCGCCCCUGGCCCAGAUCCUGCCCUCGCUGAGCAGCAGCAGCAGCAGUGGCAGCAGCGUGGUGCCCACCACCACCCUCAUCCCGUUCACACCCAAGAUCGGCAUGGGGAAGCCCGCCAUCACCAAGAGGAAGUUUUCUCCUGGGAGGCCCCGAGUGAAGCAGGGUGCAUGGAGCCCCCAUAGCAGUGUGAGCUCACCCUUGUCCUGGUCCCCAGACCAGCCCGAGGGGUGGGACGUCCCAAAGACCAGGCAGUCCUCCGGCAGCCCCGGCUGGAGCAUCAGAGUGGGUCGAGGGUCCGGGUUCCCAGGAAGGAGGAGGCCCCGCGGCGCCGGUCUCUCGGGCCGGGCUGGCCGCGGUCGAGCCAGAGGGAAGAACGGCGUGAGUCCCAGCAUCAACCCGGGGAUCACCACCAUCGAGACUCCGUACCCGAUCAAAGAGGAGGAGGACAACGCCAUGCACAACACGGUGGUCAUUUUCUCCAGCAACGACAGCUUCACACUCAAACAGGACAUGUGUGUGGUGUGCGGGAGCUUCGGUCUCGGCGCAGAGGGUCGUCUCCUGGCAUGUGCUCAGUGCGGUCAGUGUUACCACCCGUUCUGCGUGGGGAUUAAGAUCAACAAGGUGGUUCUGAGUAAAGGCUGGCGCUGUCUGGAGUGCACGGUGUGCGAGGCGUGCGGCCAGGCCACCGACCCCGGACGCCUGCUGCUGUGCGACGACUGCGACAUCAGCUACCACACGUACUGCCUGGACCCGCCUCUGCAGAACGUUCCCAAGGACAGCUGGAAGUGCAAGUGGUGUGUGUCCUGUACGCAGUGUGGAGCCACCACGCCGGGCCUGAGGUGCGACUGGCAGAAUAAUUACACGCAGUGCGCCCCCUGUGCCAGCCUGGUGACGUGUCCGGUGUGCCUGCUGGACUACAGCGAGGGCACCAUCAUCGUGCAGUGCCGGCAGUGUGACAGGUGGUUUCACGCCUCCUGUCAGAGCCUGCACUCGGAGGAAGACGUGGAAAAAGCGGCAGAGAGCAGCUUCGACUGCACAAUGUGCCGAACCUUCAAAAGCACUAAAGUUCCGACCAAGAGCAGAGACACGCCCGAGCCGCUCAUGAUGACGCAGAUCGUCACGAAGGCCAGGGAGAUCGACCUGUCGAGGACGUACACCCAGGAUGGCGUGUGCUUGACGGAGUCGGGCCUCUGCCAGCUGCAGAGCCUCUCGGCCACGGCGUCGCGGCGCAGGAAGCCCAAACCCAAGCUGAAGCUGAAGAUCAUCAACCAGAACAGCGUGGCCGUGCUGCAGCCCCCCGUGGACCCCCUCUGCGAGCUGUCCCGGGACGAAGACAUGGAGGACCACAGAGAGGCCGAGCUCCUUGACUGCGAGGCCAAGUCGGACUCCAGCCUGGAGCGGGAGCCGGCAGAGGACGACUCCAAGGGGGCCGACGGCGGCAAGAAGAGGAAGAGGAAACCGUACCGGCCGGGCAUCGGUGGAUUCAUGGUCCGCCAGAGGAGCCGUCCGGGACAGGGUCCAGGCAAAGCCAAGCGCGCGCUCUGCAGGAAGGACUCCUCCGGCUCCGUGUCGGAACAUCCGGCGGGGAAAGAUGAAGCAGGAUGGCCGGAAGCUCUGCCCGACACGCCGGUGGACGAGACGCCUCCCGGGCCGGAAGUCCCCGAAAAAAUCAAGAAACGCUACCGAAAGAAGAAGACCAAACUGGAGGAGGCGUUUCCCACCUACCUGCAGGAGGCGUUCUUUGGGAAGGACCUGCUUGAUAAAAGCAAGCAGUGCCGACAGCAGGGCGCCAAGUCGGGUUUACUGGAAGACGGACAGAACCAAGCAGAGAGGAAGCACCAGGCCACCAGAUUUUUGGACCCGUCGGCGGACCCCCUGCUGAGCAGUUCCACAGGAGCCCUUGCCACCAGAACGACGGGAGCACAGCCGUCUGAGGAACCAUUAGUUGAUCUUUCUGAUGUUCUGAACACUGAUGCAGACAUCUUGGGAAUGCUGGGGAAGCCGAGCAGUGACUCCGGUCUUGAUUUUUGCCCCUUCCAGGUUGACAGCUCACCUCCUCCUUUUGCUGGCCUGGACAUCGGGCCCCUGGCGGAUGGGUCCUCGGCGGGGCAGCAGUCUCAGGCAGGCCGCCGUACCCCUCGAGCCCUCCCGGAGGAGCCCCUGGACGGGAUCCUCAGCCCGGAACUCGACAAGAUGGUCACCGACGAAUCUAUUCUCAGCAAACUUUACAAAAUUCCAGAGCUGGAGGGUAAGGAUGUGGAGGACCUCUUCACUGCAGUCCUCAGUCCCAGCACCAGCCAGCCUCCCCCACCACAGGUGCCUCACCCCCCGGGUCCAGGGUCCCUCCCUGCCACGGCCGGCGGCAGCAUGGCUCACCCCAGCGCAGGGAAUCCCAUGUUUCCCAGGAUGCCAAUGAUGAAUGGUAUGAUGGGACCAAACCAACGUUUCCCAACAAACCCCGGAGCGGGGCCCUGCAUCCCGGAAAACUUCUCCCCCCUUAACCGCAUGCCUUUCACUGACAAUCCAAGGGACAGAAAGUUUAAUCAGAUGCCUCGCGAGGCGGUCGGUCCGUGGCCCUCCCCUGCCCAUGGGCCCGGCCCCGCGGCCCCCGGAGCUCUGCCCGAGGGGGAAACUGAAGCCAUGUCAAAUGCUCAAAGAAGCACGCUCAAGUGGGAGAAGGAGGAGACCCUGGGAGAGCUCGCCACUGUGGCUCCGGUCCUCUAUACUAAUAUUAAUUUCCCAAACCUCAAGGAAGAAUACCCAGAUUGGUCUACGAGGGUAAAGCAAAUUGCAAAACUUUGGAGGAAAGCUAGUUCACAAGACAGGGCCCCAUAUGUGCAAAAGGCAAGAGAUAACCGAGCAGCCCUGCGCAUCAACAAAGUCCAGAUGUCGAAUGAGACGGUGAAGAGGCACCAUCCACAGCAGCAGCCCCCUGAGGUGUUUGAUCCCAACAUACCACUAGACACAGAUCUCCUGUUUAAAGACCCUUUGAAACCAAAAGAGUCAGAGCAUGAACAAGAGUGGAAGUUUAGACAGCAAAUGAGACAGAAAAGCAAGCAACAAGCCAAAAUUGAAGCCACACAGAAACUGGAGCAGGUGAAAAAUGAGCAACUCCAGCAACAACAGCAGCAGCAACAACAGCAACAAAGCAAUCAGACAGAGGGAGACGGCAGCAACAGUGGCAACCAAAGCCCGGCCUCUCAGCCUAGUAAUGGCAGCAUGUCACCCAUGCAGCAACUCAACCCGAAAGAAGGCUUUGCAAGGCCGCAGCUGCCGGGGACGCCCACCUCAGGUCCUCCGGAGGACGUGUUUCUGCGCCCACCUCCCCCGCCUCCCUCUGGCCUGUCCUCCCAGCCUCAGUCCCCACAGGUCUUCUCACCAGGAUCCUCUGGUUCUAGACCUUCUUCUCCAUGGGACCCAUAUGCCAAGAUGGUUGGGACCCCAAGACCUCCGAACGCGUGUCGCAGACUACCUGUGGAAUCUGGAAAAUCCCCCACCUCUCUCAUGGAGGACAGAGGGAGACCAUCUCCGGCUUAUGAGUCCUUUGGCUCUCCGACUUCGAUGAGCAAUGAUCCGUACGCCAAACCUCCUGAUACACCGAGGCCUGUCGGGGACAUUGACCCUUUUCUGAAGCCCAUGGGUCCACCUCGGGGCAGUCAGGCCGCUCAGGGUCGCCCACCGAUGGGUUCUCCAGGCAGAGACCCUUACUCAAGGCCCAUGAUUAGGAACGACGCAUACCAGCGGAUGGCCCAGAACAGAAUGAUUUUGUCGGACCCUUACUCGAGGCCUUUACUCACCCCGAUCCCUGGGAGUAACGAGUCAGGCUCUGUCCCUCUUUUUAAAACCCCCAUGCCCCCUCCUCAGGUUCAGGAUCCCUUCAGUCGGCCGGGUCAACAUCCCGCUGACAGAUUCUCCCAGAAUCAGCAGAACGAUCCGUACGCACAGCAGCCGCACACCCCGAGACCGCCUGGGAACGACAGUUUCACCAGUCCUCCCCGCAUGGGGCAGCAUCACCCUCAGGGGCACUCGUUCGCUCAGCCGGGACCCGUCUCUCAAAUGUCCCGGAACCCUUACGCACAUGCACCUUCAACUCCGCGGCCUGACCACUUCACAUACGACCCCUUCGCCCAGCCCUCUGCCCCCAACAAGCCACCCGCUGACCCUUUCUCUCAGCCUGGAGGCAACCAGAGAGAACCGGGCGGUCAGCCUCGACCAUUUUUUGAACCCUACGCUCGGCCGCCGGGAACCCCACGGCCUCACGACAACUACGGCCAGCCAUCCAACACCCCGAGCCCGUCGUCUGACCCCUACUCGCAGGGUCCUGCGACUCCUCGACCCGGUGGGAUGAACCAGUACCACCCUGGUCAGAGGAUGUCGCCCUCUCACUCGGUUGAUCCUUAUGCUCAGCCUCCAGGUACUCCACGACCCCCUGAAAGAUUUUCAAAGUCACCAGGAAGUCAGAGGGGGCCGAUGGAGCCUUUUACCAGUACACCCGGGACAUCGAGACAAGUUGGAAGUGACAUGUUUUCACCACCCGGAGCCCCUCGACCAAUGCUUAAUGACCCUUAUGCGCAGCCUCCUGGAACCCCAAGGCCAGUCCCUGAGGGCCUGAACAGACCUGGGCCGAGGCCAGGGCCAAUGGGAGGCCAGGAUCCCUUCACUCAGCCUCAGGCUAGGAUUCAAGAGCCGUUUCCACAUCCAGAGCUCCAAGCACAGAAACACCCAGAAGAUGGGUUCACCCAGUCUCCCUCCAGGCGGCCCAGCCAGACGCCUGUACACGACCCGUUUGAGCAGGCUCCCAUGACCCCCCGUCCACCGUCCACCGAGAAAAUGGACAUGAAAGAUCCGUCGGUUGUGGGCAAUAACGGAGCCGACAACAACCCACAGAUGGCCGGUGUGUCCUCCGAGGCUCAGGGUGUCGCCCUCGCUGAGAGCGAGGAGAGACUCAGACAGCGCCAGCGAAUCAGAGAGCUGAUCCUCAAGCAGCAGCAACAGCGGAGCGCCAUCCGCCAGGAGAGGGGCCCUCAGGACCCCGCGGGCGGCAUGGCCCCGGGGACGCCGCGGCCCUGGCCCCAGGAGGGUCCCGGCCAGCCGGGGGAGAUGUUCAACCGACCCCCUCCACCGUAUCCCGGACAAGGACCCAUGAGGGGGCCGAUGAGGUUCCCCGGAAUGUUUCCAGGGGACCCACGUGUCCCCUUCCCCAAUGAAGGCCAGAUGCCCCGGGGCCCACAUCCAGGGGACCCCAGUCUGAGACACCAGGGCCCGAGGUUUGCGUUUCCACAUGGAGCUUUAGGGCCUCACGGGGCCCAGGACUUCUUUCCGAGGGGCCAACACCCGAUGCAGGAUGUCCCUCAUCAGAUGAGACGGUCCAUGUCUGCGGAGAUGGUGAAAACCCUGGGCGGGGGUCCGAUGGGUCUGCCGCAGCACUUCCCGCCGCGCGGCGUGCCGGUUCAGCAGCAUAACAUCAUGGGCCAGCCGUUCAUCGAGCUGCGGCACCGAUCGGCGGAAAGCCGCCCGCGCAUGCCCUUCCCACCCGCCGCCAUGCAGGGAGCCAACAUGGACCCCAACAUGCAGGGCCAGAGGCCAGCGGGCUUCCCCGGAGCCGCCGAAGCCAGGUUCCCUUUAAACCCGGGGCCCAGGAUGCUGGACCCCACCAUGGUGGCCCAGGCGGGACACAUGCCGCUGUCUACCAGCAUGGACAACCUCCACCAGCAGAUUCCAGGAAGCAGCAAACAGUCUCCGCUGAUGAGGUCCAUGAGCCAACCCGCUUCCAACGAGACCCAGAACAUGGCGGCCUCCAUGAUCCUCAACGCGCCCCCUGCUGGGCAGGCGGACGCCGUCCCCGUGGCGGGCGGCGAGGCGGUGGAGGAGAAACUGGAUGCGGAAGAGUCGGCAGUCAAAGACCUGGAGGACGUGGAGGUGAAAGACCUGGUGGAUGCUGAUUUAGAAAAUCUCAACCUGGAUCCUGAAGAUGGCAAAGACCUGGACCUGGAGACCAACGACCUCCACCUCGACGACUUCCUGACAUCUGGCAAGUUUGACAUCAUCGCCUAUACAGACCCCGACCUGGACGACAUCAAGAAGGACAUGUUCAACGAGGAGCUGGAUCUCAGUGACCCCAUGGACGACGGCACCGACGCAGCAGACGUCAACAAGAACUCCGGCUCAGGCACCGAGGCUCCGUCUAGUUCGGCGUCGGCACCGCCAGCGCCGGAGGCUGCGGCUGAGUCAUCCUCAACUGAGGUGAAGCUGGAGGCCGGCGGGACUCAGGACGCCGCUGCUCUGGCGCCUGGACAGGAGAUCAAAACGGAGGCCAAAGAGUGUCAGAAGCUUCCCGAGGCAGACCAACAGGCUGCGGGAGACACGCUGAUCUCCAGCCAGCAGGGGGGGCUCUCCGACUCCACGCCGGUGCUGUCCAGUUUACUCAUCAAGCAGCAGCCCGAGGAGCCGCCGUUAGACCCGAUCGUGGAGCCCGUCACUCAGGGAGGAAACCUCAUGGCCCAGCAGAACCAGGAUCCCUCGCACUCAUCCGGACUCGCCGUGCCCGACGCCGCCGCAGGAGACGUCCCCAUGCCCGGCUUCGGGGCAGACCAUCAGGUGGGGCUGACCGCAGCAGGAGUGGACCAGAGCGGCCUCAGCCAGGCUCAACAGGCGGCUCUGGGUCCACACAGCCAGCACCGCCCCCUCCUACUGGAGGAGCAGCCACUGCUGCUGCAGGACCUCCUGGACCAGGAGAGGCAGGAGCAGCAGCAGCAGAGGCAGAUGCAGGCCAUGAUCCGACAGCGCUCUAGUGACUCCUUCUUCCCCAACAUCGAUUUUGACUCCAUCACUGACCCCAUCAUGAAAGCCAAAAUGGUGGCCCUGAAAGGCAUCAACAAGGUCAUGGUCCAGAACAACAUGGGCAUGGCCCCCAUGGUGAUGAACAGGUUUCCUCCCGGUCCGGCUCCUCCUUGUCCUGAAAGCACGCCGCUUCCUCCUCAGGUCGUCGGACAGGACGGGAAGCUGACUCAAGUAACAAGGCCGACUCCUCCAAACUUUGGACCUGGAUUCGUCAACAAUGCUCAGAGGGCUCAGUACGAGGAGUGGCUCCAGGAGACUCAGCAGCUACUUCAAAUGCAGCAGAAGUUUCUGGAAGAGAAGAUCGGCGCUCACAGGAAGUCGAAGAAAGCGCUGUCUGCCAAGCAGAGAACGGCGAAGAAGGCGGGCAGAGAGUUCCCCGAGGAGGACGCCGAGCAGCUCAAACAUGUGACGGAGCAGCAGGGUGUGGUGCAGAAACAACUGGAGCAGAUCCGGAAGCAGCAGAAGGAGCAUGCGGAGCUCAUCGAGGAGUACCGAGUCAAGCAGCAGCAGAACAACAUGACCCCCAUGAUGCCCGCCAUGCCCCCGAUGCCCGGACCCGCCGGCAUGGUGCCCGGACCAGCAGGCAUGGUUCCCGGCCCCGCCGGUAUGGUUCCCGGCCCCGCCGGCAUGGUGCCCGGGGGCCCGCCGAUGGUCCAGCCUCCCAUGAACCCCAUGAUGCAGAUGCCGCUUCACCCCGGUCAGCAGAACGCGCCCCCUCGCAUGCCCAACCCGCCUCCGGGCUGGCAUCCCGGCGCCCCCAUGCCCAUGGGCGGGCCGGGAAUGCCGCCCAUGAUGCCCCCCCAGGUGGGCAACCCGGCCCCGCCCGUUCAGAUGCCAAUGGGUAACCUACCUCAGCACCCGCAGAUGCCCGUGGAUCCCCAGGCCCCGCCCGGUCCCCCCGGCGGCGUGAAGCCCAUGCAGGCGGGCGGCGUGAAGUUCGACGACAACAACCCGUUCAGCGAGGGCUUCCAGGAGCGCGAGCGGCGGGAGCGGCUGCGGGAGCAGCAGGAGAGGCAGCGCGUCCAGCUCAUGCAGGAGGUGGAGCGUCAGAGAGCCCUCAAGCACCGCAUGGAGAUGGAGCAGCAAGGCAUGAUGGGAGCCGACGGCGGCAUGGCACCGCCGCUGUCUCAGAUGCCGUUUUUCAACGCGGAGCUGCCGCAGGACUUCAUGCAGCCUCAGAGGCCCCCCCUGCAGCAACAGCAGCUCGGGCCCAUGUUCCCCCAGCAGCAGGGCAUGCAGCCCGGGAUGGGCUCGCCGCCCGCCGCCUUCCUGCAGGGCGACCGCAGAGCCAUGAUGGGAAACGGCAUGAUGCCCCCGGACAUGGGCCCCGCUUUGGGCCCAGACAACGUCCCUCUGCAGGGUCCCAACUUCCCCCACGGUCAGCCCCGGCCGCGUCAGUUCAGCGGGCCGGGGAUGAUGCUGCAGAUGCCGGGGGAGGGGCCGCCGUUCGGGGCCGACGCCUCCACGCCUUUGCCGUCCAACUUCCCCGGCUCGGGCCAGUCUCUGAUCCAGCUCUACUCCAACAUCAUCCCCGACGAGAAGGGCAAGAAGAAGAGGAGCCGCAAGAAGAAGAAGGACGACGACGCCGAUUCGGUCAAGACGCCCUCCACGCCGCACUCGGACCUCACGGCUCCUCUCACGCCGUGCGUCUCAGACACGUCCUCCACCCCCACCAGGAACACCCACCUCUUCGGAGACCAGGACCUGUCGCGGUCCCCCUUGCUGGGCUCCUCCACGCCGAGUCACUCGGAGCUGGAGAGGCAGCUGUCAGGGGGACAGUCCGGGCCGCCGGGCCCGUCGUCGGACUCGUCCAGGUCGCAGGAGCACGACCGGAUCCUCAGCAACAUCAAGCUGGAGCAGACGGACGCCAGCGAGUGCCACGAGCCCAGGGAGGGGCCCGUCGGCUCGGAGAUGGGCUCCGUGAAGCAAGAGGGGGGCAAAGGCGGCGCGUCUCCCUUCCCGUCGGGGCAGAGUCCCAACAAAGGCGAGGCCGGGAACGAGCUGCUGAAGCACCUGCUGAAGAACAAGAGCACGCCUCCGCACGGCCGGGCCGAGGAGGAGGAGCAGGCCGACUGCAAGGCGCUGCUGAGGCAGAGCUCCAUCGACAGCAACGGGGCGUACUCUGACGGCGCCCCGGACUUCCCCGGACCGCUGCUCCCCGAGCAGGAGAAGAAGAAAGGCAGGAACAAGAGGACGCCCAAAGGAGGGGAGAAGCCGGCGUCUCGCUACAAGAAGAGGAAGAAGGAGGGUGACGAGAGGCAGCUGAUGCACUCCGGACCCGACUCGGUCAUGAGUCAGAUCAAGCAGCAGCUCUCCCUGCUGCCGCUCAUGGAGCCGCUCAUCGGGGUCAACUUUGCCCACUUCGCUCCGUACGGCAGCGGCCAGCUGAACGGCGAGAGCCUGCUGUCGGGAACGUUCGGCAGCGCCUCGCUGGACGGAGUCUCCGAUUACUACUCGCAGCUGGCCUACAAGCAGAGCAAUCUGAGUAACCCGCCGACACCGCCAGCCUCCCUCCCUCCGACUCCGCCACCCGUCAACCGACAGAAGAUGAUCAACGGAUUCGCCACCACUGAAGAGCUGGCGAGCAAAGCCGCCGCCAUGGUCUCCAAAGGUCUGGUCCCGAAGCCGCUGCACGUCCCCUUCAGGACGGAGGACGACCUGCUGGCCCGGGCCAUCGCUCAGGGACCCAAGACCGUAGACGUCCCAGCCUCUCUGCCCACACCUCCUCACAACAACCAGGAGGAGCUCAGUAACCGAGGGCAGGAGCCGUGUAAAGACAGAGACACGCCCGACAGCUUCGUCCCCUCCUCGUCCCCGGAGAGCGUGGCCGGCAUGGAGAUCAGCCGCUACCCCGACCUGUCGCUGGUGAAGGAGGAGCCGCCGUCGCCCUGCCUGUCGCCCGUACUGCCCAUGCUGCCCGCUCCGGACGGCAAAGGCUCAGAGAUCAAACUUCAGGACAUUAAGACCGAGCCCUCCUCCAUGUUUUUUGGUUCCCCCUUUGGCUCCAUGUCCAACGACUCCAAACAGGGACUGGUGUCUGUGGCCAUCACUCUCAGACCGGCUGCAGCAGAGAACAUCACGGGCGUGGUCGCAGCCAUUUCCGAUCUGCUGUGUGUGAAGAUCCCCAGCAGCUACGAGGUCAGCAGCACCCCGGACAGCCGGGGGCCGGCGUCCAUGAAGGUGGGCCCCCACCUGGGCCUGGAGCCGCGGCCGCCCGUGCUCUUCCACGGGCAGGGAGACGGCGUAGGAGGACGGAUGAUGAGGCCCGGCCCGGGGAUGAUGCAGCAGCAGCAGCAUCAUUUCCGUUUCCAUCCCAACAGCCCAGCUCUGGCCCGAGGACCCGACCACAAGACGCCCGGCAGCCCCGGAUGCAAACCCCAGUGGUGCUGCAACUGCAAGGUGGUGGUUCUGGGAAACGGAGUGCAGAAAGCCAUCAAAGACCUGCCCGCACACAUGAAGGAGUCUGAAGGCCGUCUGAAAUCUGAAGAGGAGCUGGUCUUCUGCAGUCACAGCUGCUUCCUGCUCUACUGCUCGGCGUCGCCACUGCAGGCCAGAUCCUCCACAGACACCAAGGAGUCGGUGUCGCUGCUCCCGGCCUCCGAACACACCGAGGGCCUUUCUAAGAUCCAGCAUCAGUACAGCAACAACAUGUCGUCCCUGGACGUCCACUGCCUGGCCCAGCUCCAGCCCAAACAGUCCCCGCCCUCCACCCCGCCCAUCCCCUUCCCCAUGGCGGGCGACGCGCCCAAGACGGAGGCCAAGGCCGACGCCCUGAAGGUGACGGUGAAGCUGAAGGCGCGGCCGCGCUCGCACGACGGCUGGCACCAGGGCAAGAGGCAGAAGGGGCUGCGCUGGAGGAAGUGGUCGGUGCAGGUGGUGGUGCCGCGGGGCAACUCCCAGCUGCCGGACGAGGACAAGAUCGACGAGCUGCUGAAGAAGCUGGGGGCGUCGCUGCGGCCGCCCGCCCUGCUGCAGGACCACCGCCGCUGCUGCUUCUGCCACCAGUUCGGGGACGGCGUCACCGACGGCCCCGCCCGCCUGCUCAACCUGGACCUGGACGUGUGGGUGCACCUCAACUGCGCCCUGUGGUCGACGGAGGUGUACGAGACGCAGGCCGGCGCCCUCAUCAACGUGGAGCUGGCGCUGCGCCGCGGCCAGACGGUGCGCUGCGCCUACUGCCAGCAGACGGGCGCCACCAGCGGCUGCCACCGCCUGCGCUGCACCAACGUCUACCACUUCACCUGCGCGCUGCAGGCGCAGUGCACCUUCUUCAAGGACAAGACCAUGCUGUGCCACGCCCACCGGCCGCGGGGCGCGGCGGGCCAGGCGCUGGAGCACGAGCUGCGCUGCUUCGCCGUCUUCAGGCGCGUCUACGUCCAGCGCGACGAGGUGCGGCAGAUCGCGGCCGCCGUGCGGCAGCCCGAGCUGGGCUACACCUUCCGCGUGGGCAGCCUGGUGCUGCACGCCAUCGGCCAGCUCACCCCGCUGCAGAUGGCCGCCUUCCACUCGCCCACCGCCAUCUUCCCGGUGGGCUACGAGGCCUGCCGCAUCUACUGGAGCAUGCGGCACGGAAACCGCCGCUGCCGCUACGUCUGCUCCGUGGAGGAGCGGGAGGGGCUGCCGGAGUUCAACAUCAGGGUCAUCGAGCAGGGAUACCAGGACCUGGUCCUGACCGACGCCUCGGCCAAAGGAGUCUGGGACAAGGUCCUGGGUCCGGUGGCGGAGAAGAGGACGGAGUACGGCACCCUGAAGCUGUUCCCCGUCUACCUGAAGGGGGAGGACCUGUUCGGACUCACCGUCCCCGCCGUCACCAAGAUCUCUGAAUCGCUCCCCGGAGUGGAGGCCUGCGACCGCUACUCCUUCCGUUACGGGCGGAACCCCCUGGUGGAGCUCCCGCUCAUGUUCAACCCGGCCGGCAGCGCCCGCGCUCAGCCCAGAGCCACCGGCCCCGCCUCCUCAGCAGUCAUCAGACCCCACCCUCAGGCCGUGUCCAGCAGCAGCGCCCGGUCCAAUCAGAACGUGGCGCAGGGAGAGGGCGCCGCCCAGCACGCCAAGCCCCCGGUGGUUCACCCCCGCUCCUCCCAGUACCGCUGGAUGAAGAGCGAGUGGAGAGCCAACGUCUACCUGGGCCGCUCCCGCAUCCAGGGUCUGGGACUGUUUGCUGCCCGAGACAUCGAGAAACAGACCAUGGUGAUCGAGUACAACGGAACCAUCCUGCGGAACGAGGUGGCCAUCAGGAAGGAGAAGAGUUACAGAGCUCAGAACCGAGCGGUGUUCAUGUUCCGCAUCGACAGCGAGCACGUGGUCGACGCCACAAGGACCGGCGGGCUCGCCAGAUAUAUCAAUCACUCUUGUGCCCCGAACUGUGUCGCCGAGGUGGUCACGUUUGAACGAGGGUACAAAAUCAUCAUCAGCUGCGUUCGCCGCAUCGAAAAAGGAGAAGAGCUCUGCUUCGACUAUCAGUUCGACGCGGUGGACGAGCGGCACAGGAUGGCGUGUCACUGCGGCGCCGCCGAGUGCAGGAAGUGGAUCAACUGAACCCGAGUCGUCAGCGGAACGAGCAGAAGGUCUGAAGCCCCCGAAAUCGCCGGAUGACGACAAUGGCAGCGGCGGAGGAGGAGGAGGAGCUCAAGUUUUUUUUCUUCUUCUUCUUUUUUUUUUUUUUUUUUUUUAAAAGCAAAGCUCGGUGGAAGGGAAACGUAACACAGUAGCAGGAAGUGACUCGUGCCAUAUGUGUGUGUAUGUGUAUGUUUCUGUGCGUGUAUGCGUGCGUGUGUGUGUGUGUGUGUGUGUGUGUGUCUGUGUGCGUGUGUGAGAGAAAGCACUGUGCGGGGUGCAGCCUUAUUGCUUACUAAGGGCAGGCCCUUUUGUUUCAUACUGUUCGUGUACCGUAUGACUAAAUGUAGACAUCACUGAAUGAGGAAUGUACAGCAACGAAAAACCGCGAAGGGAAUAUUAACUUGCACUAAAAAAAAAAUAAAAAAAAUAACUUUAAAAAAAAAAAAAGAAAAAAACUGAAAAUACACACACACACCAGAUAAAAUAAAAAAAAAAAAAAAAGACGUACACACACACAAAAACCUUUGAAAUACUUGAUUCCAUGAGUCAGUUUUAUGCUCGGUCUCUGUCAUGUGAUUUGUGUGGAAUUGGAGAGGUUUUGUAUUUAUUACUGAGUGAAUGAAUUUAUUCUCAAAAUGAUGAGAUUUGAGUCAAAGAAGGCUAGAUUGAUAUUGUUUUUGAAGAUUGAAGAAGACAUGCUGUUACUUUUGUACAAACUGUACAUAAAGAAAACUAUAGGAAUAACCGACCAAAUACUACCUUAACCUUCUCGAUGUUUGGCUGUUUUUAAACUCCUUUUCUUUUUUCUUUUUUUUUUUUUUCUUUUUUUUGUUCCGUUUGUCCUUGAAAUUUAUUUAAGAUGGAAGUUCUUUCCGUUUUUUGAGAGUAUAUAUUAUGAUUAUCCUGUACAGAAUUUGUAAUAUAACCACAAUAAUUCACAAAGUAUUUUUGUUGUAUUAAAGUAAGGUAUUGUAGCGUAGUGUUUUUUGUGACUUACACAUGCUUUGACCACUUCGGAAACAAAAAACAAAUAUUUUUGUUGACUAACGAGUUACAGAAUGGAA